AUGCGGCCCCGACGAACCACACAUGUCCCUGGACGCUACAGUGAGCCAGAAAUCAGACCUCUUCCUCCAAAUCCAACAAAUGUUUAUCCAACUGUUCCUUUCAAUCCAAAUUUACCACCUGCGGCGUUUCCAACUAUACCGUUGGAUCAUUACCCCUCUGAGACCAAAGAGACUACUUCAAGCAUCCCAGACACGCAAGCACCACGGACCCGAGCUUUAGUAUUCAGAGAUACUAGGAGAGUUGAAGAGCCAAAGAUGUCUGAUUCAUUUGACGACCCAGGAGACUUCAUCGGGUUCCCUGAGUGGAGCGAUGGGGAGAAGGAAGGAGGACCAAGAGUAGGCCUGUCGGGUUAUGACUUGCAUGUCAACUGGGGCGAUCUCUCGGAGUCGAUCAAGUACGCCAUCAUCCGAGAGGUCAGCAGAGUCAUGCCUUUCUAUGAUGCCAUUUCGUUUCUCCAGUUGGAAGAUAGCGAGAUCCGCGAGUUCAUCGCUCUCCUCGAACGAGAAGUUGCUUUACACUCUGCAGAAGAGCAGCGGAUUGAGGCCUCCAAUGCCCGGCAGAUAGAAUUGGUCAUCAGUGUGGGGUCCCAGCAAGCCCGAGAUGAAAUGGAAGCCUUCUUUGAGAGAGAAGCCAAAGAACCCCACCCAACCCUCUUUUACCUCAACAAAGACGAUGCCAAGCAAGCGGUGCUCUUCCUUGAAGACUUUCGCUCGCGGGAGGAGUUUCCUGACUAUGAUCCGGAGACAACUCCCCAACAUAUCCUUGAUGAUAUGAAAGCUAUACCGUCAUCUGUGACCUUGAAGGCAACCAUUGUCCGCGUUCGUGAUUAUGGAGGCGCCGAUCCGAUAAACAUCGACCUGGAGUUCGCAGCAGAGGUUCUGGAGAUGUAUGAUGACGCGGCAGCACUGAUUGAGGAAUACACUGGUUCUGACAGUGGCGACGAGCAAGAGGACCUGGAUGACUCGCAACCCCAAGAAUUUGAGCAGCCAGACGAGUUCGAGGAUGUUUGGCAACCAAAACAAUACGAGAAUCUGGCCGGGCUUAGGAAGCAUGCCUCGCAACCCCAAGAAUACGAGGAGCAAGAUGAGUUUGAGCAAGACGAUGACUUUGAAGAGUUUGAGCCAGCUCCUAAGAAGAAGAAAAAGACUGCUGUCAAGAGUCCCGCGAAGAAAUCUCAGAAGAAGGCCCCCAAGAAAGCUUCUCAACCAAAAAAAGUUACUAAGGGUCCCAGUCGACUUCGUGAGGUCAUCAAUGCAGAUGAUUUUGAAACACCACCCCCCGAAUCACCUUUAAUGUCUGGAGCUAUCAUGAAGAAUGCCACUGCUAUGACUCGCGGUUCUGCGCAUCCAGUUGAGGGUUUUGCCCCAGAAAUGAGUACCGCCAAACAGCUCUCGAGCCUUGGUGGUGACUACUCCCAAGAGAAUUCUCCAUCUCGAUCACCAUCUCCAGAUCAGGCUCUGGGUGGCAGAGGCAAACAAUACCUGCAAACACCCACGACCACAAGUGACAUACCAGACAGCAAACAGUCAACAUCUGCAAACAAACCCACCAUCUCUGGUCAAUCAGCCGACAAGGCAGUAGCACCCAAGGUCAAACUUUUCCUCAAGGAAGACAAAUCCGAUCCAACUCAGGCCCCGGCUUCACACUUGGGAGAACCCAUUUCGCCAAGCCCCACCUCCACCAAGGCUACUGAAGAUGCUGAGAAGCCAGUCAGGUCACCUGAUCAACAGCAAAAGCCAGGAUCGUCUAUCAAGCAUUGGGUGAAGAAUGGCUUGAGUACCGCUAAAUCAGCCGUUGCCAGUGCUCUUGCUGGCUCAAAGUCUCCUACUCCUAAGCCAGCGACUACUGACCAGCUCAAUUCCUCGGAAGCGGCUGAGAAACCAGGAAGUGGAAAAAAACAGGAUGCAGGGUUCGCCGCGGAAGAAGCUAAGAAAGAGAAGAGCGAUAUUCAGAAGGAGGCCGGAAAGACAGCAAGUGCUGGUCAGCCCAGUCCCUCGGAGGUGAUUCAGAAGCCAGGAAGUGGAGGAAAACAAGAUAGCCCGGUGGCAUCUACUCAGCAGAAGAGUGACAUCAAGAAGAAUACUUCAGCUCCAACCUCCCCCAAGAGAGUUCGAGAUAAGAUGUCUAACGAUGUUCUUGAAGCUCCAGUUGGCAAGAAGCAGAAGAAGUCCAAAUAG